GGCAGGGCCGCCAUUUUUGCAAAGGGAAAAGAGACUGGUUUGAGGGGAUCUAAUUUCUAAAAGUCGCCGAUGACUAGGGCACAGUUUUAAAGGUUUCGAAUAGAUUUCUAGUCAAAUUUGGGUCACCUCGUAAAACAAAAAGCAAAGGAUUUUUCACAGGAAAGGACUCCUUAGACGACACGUUUAAAUACAAAGAUUUUAAAGCUUUGCUAGGGAUCCGCAGUGUGUGGACAGAAGUAUUGUUUUGGUUGUGGAAGCUGUGUGGAAAGCGACGGGGGUCUAACCCAGGUCUCCUUAUUCGCUAUUCAGACCAUCCAGAGUGGACAUAAAACGGCCUUGUGGAUGCACUUAGAUGUCUGCAAUGACUGCUGUGGCUGGCAUGCCUCAGUGUUUUGGACUCCCAUUCUCUGGACUCAGUAGGACAAGAACUGAUCAGCAGAGAACGUCAUGAGCAUAGUCAUCCCAGUAGGGGUGGACACAGCAGACACCUCAUACCUGGACAUGGCUGCGGGCUCAGACAGACCAGAAUCGGUGGAGGCCAGCCCUGUGGUGGUGGAAAAGUCCAGCUACCCACAUCAGAUCUACAGCAGCAGUUCCCACCAUUCCCACAGUUACAUUGGCCUGCCUUACGCCGACCAUAACUAUGGGGCGCGGCCCCCACCCACUCCACCGGCCUCCCCUCCCCCCUCCAUGUUGAUCCGACAAGGAGAGGGGGGGUUGUUUGUUCCAGGGGGCCAGGACGAAGCAUCCAGGGGCACGACGCUCAGCACCUCAGAGGAUGGCAGCUACGGGGCCGACAUCACCCGCUGCAUCUGUGGCUUCACCCAUGAUGACGGCUAUAUGAUCUGCUGUGACAAGUGCAGUGCCUGGCAGCAUAUAGACUGCAUGGGCAUCGACAGGCAGAACAUUCCUGAGACCUACCUGUGUGAACGCUGCCAACCACGACACCUGGAUAGAGAGAGGGCCAUCCUGCUGCAGACCAGGAAACGAGAAUGUUUGUCUGACGGGGACACCAGUGCUACAGAGAGUGGAGAUGAGGUGCCCUUAGAGCUCUACUCGACCUUCCAACACACGCCUACCACCAUCACCCUCACCACUGGGCGCCUUGGCAAUAAGCAGACUGAUAAAAAACGCAAAAAGAGUGGCGAUAAAGAGCCUCCAGCAUCCUCUGCCCGAGCUAAGAAGGCCUUCCGAGAAGGGUCCAGAAAAUCCUCCAGAGUAAAGGGUGCAGCUCCAGAGCAGGAGCCGACAGAGCACCCGUCUCUGUGGGAGAACAAGAUCAAGACGUGGAUGGAGCGCUACGAGGAGGCCAGCAGCAAUCAGUACAGUGAGGACGUCCAGGUCCUGUUGCGUGUUAAAGAGCAAGGCGACGGCAAGAGCCUGGCGUACAACACGCACCCCGCCUCUUUCAAACCGCCUGUGGAGAGUCAAGUUCAGAAGAACAAGAAGAUCCUCAAGGCGGUGCGAGACUUGGCCCCAGACUCCCUCAUCAUCGAGUACAGGGGAAAGUUCAUGCUUCGUCAGCAGUUUGAGGCCAACGGAUACUUCUUCAAGAGGCCGUACCCCUUUGUGUUAUUUUAUUCUAAAUUUGACGGACUGGAGAUGUGUGUGGACGCUCGCAGCUUCGGUAAUGAGGCGCGCUUCAUCCGCCGCUCUUGCACGCCCAAUUCUGAAGUGCGGCACGUCAUUGAGGAUGGCAUGCUGCAUUUAUACAUCUACUCCUUGAGGCCCAUCACCAAAGGCACAGAGAUCACCAUUGGUUUUGAUUAUGACUAUGGCAGCUGUAAAUACAAGGUGGACUGUGCCUGUGUGAAGGGGAACCAGGAGUGCCCGGUGCUGAAGCACAACCUAGAACCCACAGAGAACAUGGGCUCUGGAGGCCGGCGCCGAGGGAGUCGCAAGGACAAGGAGACGGUCCGGGACGACCUGGGCCAGAACCAGAAUAUGGGUUUGGACGGCGAGGGGAAGAGCAAGAGCGUAUGCGACGGCAAACAGAGGAAACUCUCUCCUCUUCGCCUCUCCAUCUCUAACAACCAGGAUCCUGAGUUAUAUGAGGAUCUAGAAGACAAAACCUCCGUUAGCAAUGAAGUAGAGAUGGAAUCAGAGGAGCAGAUUGCAGAGAGGAGGAGGAAGAUGGCCAACCCAGCGGAGCAGUCCCAUCUCCCUGUCGGGGCGGCUUCCAGCUGGAAGGGACUGAAACACAAGGAGACACCUGUCUUCAGCCUGACCUCUCAGCAAUAUGUAUGUUUCGUGACACGAGAAGAAAGGAAGAUGGAGGCAAUCCUGCAAGCCUUUGCCCGAAUGGAGAAGCGAGAGAAACGUAGAGAGCAGGCCCUGGAAAGAAUCGGCGGCGUUAAGCCGGAGGUCGGGGGCCGCAGCGACAUCAAGGAGGAGCCUCCAGCCACACCGGAGAUGGCAGAUUCUCCAGCGGUCAUGCAGCCACUUCUGGAGGUGAAAGAGGAGCCAGGCUUAAAGCCGGCCAAGGUCAAAAGCUCGAGGAACAGGAAAAGUUUCUCGAGGAACCGCACGCACAUUGGCCAACAGCGCCGGCGAGCUCGCACCAUCAGCACCUGUUCUGACUUGGCCCCUGGCUCUCCGACUGAGUCUUUGGAGCCUCUGUCCAACGAAGCCCAAGAAGGAGAGAUGCCCAGUGCGCCAGAGCCAGAGGCCCUCCCUGCCGAAGCACCGGACAGCAGCCCUCCACACAGCAGCUCACCUGCACCUGACAGACACCGCAUGGGGAGCAAGAACUUCAAAACUAAAAAGCACUUUGUGAGUGAGUGGGUGGGAGAGAAGCUGCAGGACUGUGCUGUAGUACGAAUCCCAGAGCCGGCCCCAGAGAGGCCGCUGAGAAUAAGCAGCGACCCUGAAGUACUUGCCACGCAGCUAAAUGCUCUACCAGGCAUGGCGUGCUCUCCGCAGGUCUACAGCACGCCCAAACACUAUGUCCGCUUCUCGUCUCCAUUUCUGGCUAACCGCAGCCCCACGACUCCUGGAGUCCCCACUGGGAGACGGCGUUCCAGAGAACUGCCUGAAACACCGCCAACCACUGGCUCCUGCAAGAAGCGAUGGUUGAAGCAGGCUCUAGAGGAGGAGGGCUCCACCAGCCCGGCCAGACGACCGAGCCUCCUCAUGCCCUGUGAGGGUCCUCUCAGCCCCUCCAUUAAUGGAGACUCUGACAGCCCCCUACCUUACAAUGGCACCUGCUUACUACCAGAGUUGCCCACACCCUUGAAAAAGCGGCGGUUGAGUCCGUUGGAUGCCUGCAUGUCCGAGAGCUCGACGCCCUACGGCUCCCCUUGUGCCACGCCCACCAGGGUAGACCAACCGGAGACACCCGCAACCCCCAUCUUACUGGCUACCCCACCGCGUCCCCGAACAGAGGAGCCAAGUACAGAGCCCCUGCCCACCACCCCCCCAACACAGACACUUAAUGUCCUUCAGGAGAGUGAUUCCUCAGUAGAAAGUUCUCCAGAGGUCAGCCGGAAACCCAGUGUGCAAGAGGCCGAUCGUCCUCCUUCGUUGGUUUCCUCUCCCUCUGUCAGGACUCCCAGUACAGACGGACUCCCGGCAGAAGUCAAGCUGUCGGUUCCUGAGAGCCCACAGCCUCCAGCUGCGGAGCCUGUGGACUGUGGAGAGGACAGGGCGGAUGGUGUGGUUGUAGAGGCCAGUAGUGAGGCUUCCUCAUCUGCAGAAACAUGUGCUUCCUCUUUUCCUGGCUGGAUAAAAAGCCCAGAGAGAGUCCCUACUGGACCAGCUGGCCUGAACUUCUCUCCAGUCAACUCAAACUUAAGGGACCUUACCCCCUCACACACCCUGGAGCCUCUGGUAGCUCCCUUCAGGCCUGAGGCUGCAGCUGGGGCUGCAGCAGGGGCCGCAGCAGGGACAGGGUCGUUGGUUGUCUCUCAGGCCCCCUUCAGUGAAGCCCAGGGACCGCUCUUUUACCCCUGCUCUGAGGAGGGAAGCUCACUCGGCUUCUCACGCUCACUCAACGGGGAUGGUGAAGGAGGAGGGUCAGCGCAGAACCCCCCACAGAAGAAAAAGGUUUCCCUGCUAGAAUACAGGAAACGUCAGCGCGAAGCUCGCCGCAGCGGCUCCAAGACCGAGUGCAACUCUCCUGUUUCCACCAUGCCACCUUUGACCGUGGACGCCUUCCCUGUUGCAAUAGAGACCACCAGUGAACCUCCUCCACCACCCCCUGCUCCCACACCUCCCUGCACCACCCCCACCCCCACUGUAAAGGAACCCCAGACAAGUGAGGAGCCCGAGGCGCCUGGGGAGAAAGGAGAGCAGGAAGGAGGAGAGGGACAGUGGACGUCGUCCACUUCUGUUGAGCAGGCGAGAGAACGCAGCUACCACAGAGCUCUGCUGCUCAGCAAAGACAAAGACACGGAUGGUGAGGCAGAAGGUGAAGAUGCACCUGCUCAGAGAGAUUGCCCAUCUCCAAGUCUUCAAAAGACCCCAACCCACACACCCUGCUCUCCUGGUCCUCUUGUCCAGCCUCCCAGUCGGCCAGCAAAGGAGGAAGACGCUGACAGUCAGCCUCGGACGCCAAAUCCGACCACCCAGCCACCGAGCAAGCCUGCAGCACCUAAGCCGGCUCCUCUGACCCCCACGAAGCUGCAUCCCACUCCGUUACCUUCCUCUCCUGUCCACUACCCUGGGCCCUCCCUCCUCCACUCUCCCAAGCCUCAGCCUCAGGGCUCUCCCUACCGCAGCCAGAGGGCGCUGUUCUCUGCUCAGCCUCAGAACCAACCCCAGCCGCAGGCUCAGACUGUCCCUGCUCCUUUCCCCCAGUAUAACGCACAGAGUGCUCCACCACCACCUCCCCCUCCUCCACCAGCACCACCAGGCCUCCACAGCAUAUUUUCCUACUCAGAGCGCCUCAGCUGCUGGACCUUUCCCCGGGUUCAAACCUGCCGUCACACCCCCUUACCCUCCUGGCUCUCAGCCCCUGAUGCAGACUCUUCCCCACAGUGUGCACUAUCAGAGCACAGCCGCUCCACCGCCACCUCCUCCUCCACCCCCGCACCCGAUGCCCGGCCCCACCCUGCUGCAUGUCAACCUGCAGCCAUCUCCCAUCCAGCAGCUCAUGCUGACCGCCGCCCCUCCUCCACCUCCUCCCCCGCAGGGCCAGACUUCCCAGCAACAGCAGCAGCCUCCCGCUGGCAGCACCCUGCUAUCGCUCACCCCUCCUCCGCCUCCUCCUCCGCCUCCCCCCGCCCCCUCGACCAACGCCUCGAUGCAGUCCCACCACUUUCAGAACUUGGGGGCUUUUCAGCCCACGUUGCUGCACCCAGGCGCCACCGCCAACCCUUCAGUCCCCCCAUCAACGUACCCCCUUCAGCAGACAGGACUGUCUCCACCUCCUCCUCCCCCUCCCCCUCCCCAACAGACUCAACAAGGCCAGGCCCAGGCCGCUGCCUCCCAGAUGCCUUCUGGGACUCGUGGAGCUCCAGCGUCCUCGACCCCCUUCCACAGCUCGGGGUACCUGAGCACAGGGUGGCACUGACCGCCCUCCCUGCUGUCGGCCCCUGGCAGCCCCUGAGAACUCAGCCUGAGAGGGGCGUGUAUCAUAAGCUGUAGAUAUGUUUUCUAUGUACCUGAACACGUGGCCAGUGGGAGAAACAGCUGAUUGUGGGAUAAAAGGAUACUUUUUAACAAAAGAAACAAGGACAGAAAAUUUUAGAAAAAAGGACAAUGAAACAAUCUUCACGACAAACUGUAUAAAAAUGAAGAUUGGUGAUCUGGCGAUCCCCCCCCCGGUGCUCAUCGCCCUCUCUCUGGCCUCAGUUUGUUUUUAUAUAUCCUUCCUGUGAUGGAGAAAACUCUCGGUUCUGUGUCUUGUUUGGACUCCCGUUGUAAGGUCCCGCACUUUGUUUAUCGAUGGACAUUCCAGCCUAUACCCCCCCCCCCCCUCCUUUGUCAGUUAUUCCUUUUUCUUCCACUUCUCUCUCUCGUCUGUUGUCGGCUCUCUACACCAUUUAUUUGUUUUAAUCUAGUGGCUCAUUAUAGCAAAGAGAAAGCUUUUUGUAUAGAGAAAAAAACACAAUUAUUUUUUUUAUUACUCUGUCUAACAACAAAUAUCUGUUCACCGCUGCAGAUUCAGAAAAACCCAUUUCUGGGAGCCUGCGUCGCCACCCAGGAGGCUGUGUGUGUGUGUGUGUGUGUGUGUGUGUGUGUGUGUGUUAUAGGGUGUGAAAGAGUAUGGCUGCUUAAAGGAGGAACGUGUGUGUGAUUUCUUGUAACGAGUGCUUGUAGUCUUCUGAGGUAGGCAGAGUUGUCUCGCCCACAGGUAGAACUUUAGCGGUUUAUUUUUGAAUAUCGAUGGUUAUUUGUAGAAAGUGUAAUUUAAUGUAUAGGAGGUUACUCCAGCUUUCACCAGGAACAGGUUGUAAAUAUUUGCUUCUUUUCUUUUCUAUGCUUGUACAAUUCGCUCCCAUCCCAUUUUUUUGAAAUAUGAUUGUAAAUAUAAACGCUCUUCUUGGCAAAGCUGAAUGUUUCUGUGACUAGCAUUAUUAUUUUUCCCUCUCUGGACUCUUCAACUUUGUCUUUUUUUUAUUAUUUGUGUGUGAGUGUAUGUUUGUGCGGAGGGGAGAGACUCACAGACACUGCACUGGUUGGCUAUUUUCAUGGUUCAUUAUAAUAAAUCACUGUAAUGACAGUUUUAUACAA